AUGUUUGCAAGGAUACCCAAAAUAGCGAGCGCCAAUACGCUCAGACAAUUUAGCACCUCCGUGCCUGCUCUUUCAAACGUCGGAAAACAACCAAUCAGAUUGACCGAAGGGGUCACCGCCAGCAUCGAAUCCAUUCCUCAUGAAUUCUGUAAAACAUUCACCAAGGGUAACCAAAGAUAUGUUUUGGACAGACAAGUGGUGAUUGCUGGACCUCGUGGAACAUUGAAAACACCAAUUCCAGGAUUUGUCAAGGUAGACAACGCUAACAACAACCUUGCUGUUUCGGUCGAAGACAGCACCAGUAAAGUCCAAAGAUCAUUAUGGGGAACAUAUCGUGCUCUUUUAAACAAUAACGCUAUUGGAGCAUCUGAAGGUCACUUGGCAGUUGUCAGAUUUGUCGGUACCGGUUACAGAGCCAUUUUAGAAAAAGACGCCAAGGGAAAUGAUAUAGUUUCUUUAAAAUUGGGUAUUCCAAGUACACCACAACUCAGAAUCCCCAAGGGAUUGACUGUCACUUCUCCCAUCCCAACCAGAUUGGUGAUUGAAGGUACUGACUUGCAACAAGUUAAAUUGUUUGCUGCCAAGAUUAGAGCAUUCAAGAAACCAGAACCUUAUAAGGGUAAGGGUAUUUUUAUUGAUGAUGAAACUAUCCAAUUGAAGGAAAAGAAGAUUAAGUAG